AUGGGAAUCGAUCUCAACGACGUCAAGCCUUCUACUCGGACCCUGACAGGAUUCAACGGCUCGUCAGAGGUAAUCGCAGGCACGAUCCGCCUCUCGGUUCAUGCAUGCGGAGUCACGCGAACGGUCAAGUUUUCUGUGGUCGGCUCCAAAGCUCCUUACCACGUUAUACUUGGCACCCCAUGGCUACAUUCGAUGCGAGCAAUCGCAUCAACGUACCAUCAGUGUGUUAAGUUCCCAGGAUCAGACGGAUCGAUCAAAACUCUGAAAGGCGACCAGCAGGCUGCGCGAGAUCUCCUAAUCGCCACGGUUAAAAUUCAGCGCUCCCAGUCACUCGUCAACUCAGUCUCUCCUCCCGCGAGCAAAGUUUGUCCACAAAAGGAAGAAGUUCUGGAAGUACCAGUUGACGACUCGGACCCGAGCAAAUCUGUCCGAGUAGGCGCAUUUCUACCCGACGAGAUGCAACAGAAGAUCCUCGAGUUCCUUAAGCAAAACCUGUCCUCAUUCGCCUGGACGAUGUCCGAUAUGAAAGGAAUCGAUCCAGCUAUCACAACUCACGAACUCAAUGUCGAUCCCAACUUCAAGCCCAUCCGACAGAAGAGAAGAAAGUUGGGACCGGAGCGAUCCAAAGCAGUCGCAGAAGAAGUCGAGCGUCUACUCGGCGCCGGCUCGAUCACCGAAGUUCGUUACCCGGAAUGCUACCCGUUGCCUAGCAUCGAUCGCCUAGUCGAAUCGACGGCCGGUAACGAGAUGUUGACGUUUAUGGAUGCCUUCUCGGGCUACAACCAGAUCCUAAUGCACCCGGACGACCGGGAGAAAACUGCUUUCAUCACUGAUCGGGGAACCUACUGUUAUAAGGUGAUGCCAUUCGGGUUGAAAAACGCUGGAGCAACCUACCAGCGGCUUGUCAACCGGAUGUUCGCCGACCAGCUUGGGAAGACAAUGGAAGUCUAUAUCGACGACAUGCUCGUCAAAUCCCUCCGAGCCGACGACCACUUAGCGCACUUAAAGGAAUGCUUCGCCAUCCUAAACAAGUACGGGAUGAAGUUGAAUCCCGCAAAGUGCACCUUUGGCGUCUCCUCGGGUGAAUUCCUUGGUUACAUUGUCACGCAACGAGGAAUAGAAGCUAACCCGAAACAGAUCUCAGCAGUCCUAAAUCUCCCCAGUCCGAGAAACUGCCGUGAGGUGCAGAGACUAACAGGACGCAUCGCCGCACUUAAUCGCUUUAUCUCCCGAUCUACCGACAAGUGUCUCCCCUUCUAUGAUCUCCUCCGAGGGAACAAGAAGUUCAUCUGGGACGACAAAUGCGAGGACGCAUUCGUUCAACUCAAGCAGUACUUGACGACUCCUCCCGUCUUGGCCAAACCGGACGUAGGAGACGUCCUCUCUCUCUAUAUCGCUGUCUCCUCAGCGGCUGUCAGUAGCGUCCUAAUCAAAGAGGACCGUGGCGAGCAACGUCCGAUUUUUUACACGAGCAGACGGAUGACCGGUCCGGAGACCAGAUACCCAACCCUCGAGAAACUGGCUCUGGCCGUCGUUGAUUCUGCGAGGAAAUUACGACCCUACUUCCAAUCACACUCUAUUGAAGUGUUGACCGACCAACCGCUCCGCACCGUCCUGCAAAAUCCCAACAGAGCCGGCCGGUUGACUAAGUGGGCAAUCGAACUGAGCGAGCUUGAUAUUACGUACAAAUGCCGAACAGCCGCCAAAUCUCAGGUCCUCGCCGACUUCCUUGUCGAGCUCACACCAGAUCUUGCACAAGACCUCGACGUCCCAAGCCCCAAUUGGAUUCUUCAUGUCGACGGAUCAUCAACGAGCAAAGGAUCCGGUGCGGGAGUCCAGCUUCAAUCGCCAACGGAGAACUCAUUCGCCAAGUACGAGUCGUUGAUCGCCGGUCUCCGUCUCGCCCGAGCCGUCAAAGCCAAACGCUUGAGUGCUUAUUGCGACUCGCAGCUCGUCGCUAGCCAGUUCAGCGGCGACUACGAUGCUCGCAAUGAUAGAAUGGAUGCGUAUCUCCGGGUGGUUCAAGAGCUUGCUAGGGAAUUCGAUUUCUUCGAACUCACCAAGGUUCCCCGAGGAGAGAACGUUUGCGCCGAUGCCUUAGCCGCACUCGGGAGCAAACUCCACGACCAGGUCAAAAGGACGAUACCCAUACAUCGAAUUGAUCGACCGAGCAUCGAUCCUCCUUCCGACGAAAGCCUUCCCAUCGCUCCAAUCUUCGCAACAACUCGACGAUCCACCACCGAUCAAGCUGACACUGAGAUGCCCGAUCAUGACGACACCCCACCAGUCGAUUGGCGAGCCGAGUUCCUAGAUUAUCUCAUACGUGAAGAACUGCCAAAAGAUAAGUGGGCAGCGAGACGCCUGAAGAGACGCAGCGCCCACUACGUCAUCAUGAACGACGAACUUCACCGAGUAACCGCGAACAAGGUCCUCUUAAAGUGCAUCCAGGGCGAUGAAGUGCGACGAGUAAUGGCUGAAACUCACGACGGAGCAGGAGGAAACCACUCGGGAGGCCGAGCUCUUGCCCUUAAAGUUCGAAGCUUGGGAUUCUUUUGGCCAUCUAUGAACACUGACUGCGAAGCAUACGCCCGUCGGUGCGACAAAUGCCAGCGUCACGCUCCGAGCAUCCACAGUCCCACCGAGCUGUUGCGGACAUCUGCCGCCCCUUAUCCGUUCAUGCGGUGGGGGAUGGACAUCAUCGGGCCAAUGCCGAACUCACGCCAACGUCGUUUCAUCCUGGUCCUCACCGAUUACUUCACUAAAUGGAUUGAAGCUGAAGCAUUCUCUCAGGUAACGGACAAGGAAGUCCGCACCUUCGUCUGGAAGAACAUCAUCUGCCGCCAUGGUUUACCAUACGAGAUCAUAACGGACAAUGGCUCUCAGUUCAUGUCCGGAAACUUCAAAGAGUUCUCAAUGGCCCCCGCCGAAGUUAACGUGACAAGUCUUCGGCGCGCCAAGAUGCCGCAGUUCGUCGAACUUAAUCAAGAUAUGCUCCUCGAUGCCCUUGAUGAACUCGAGGAGAAACGUGAUCAGGCGCUUCUUCGGAUCCAAAAUUACCAGAACCAGAUCGAGAGCUACUAUAAUAAGAAGGUAAAAGCGCGCCCUCUCGAGCUCGGUGACCUCGUCCUCCGAAAAGUUUUCGACAACACAAAGGAGCUCAACGCUGGAAAGCUAGGGACCAAUUGGGAGGGACCUUACAAGAUCACUCGAGUCGUUCGACCCGGCGUCUACCGACUCGAGACUUCCCGCGGAGAGGCAGUCCCACGAGCCUGGAACUCGAUGCAUCUUCGCCUCUUCUACCAAUAG